UUUUAACCGACAUUCAAUUAACCGCGUAUUGAGUUUCUAGAUCGACGACGACGACGGUCUGUUUCCUGGAAAGUAGGAACAGCGUGAAACCAUCGACAGUGUGGUGGAUUUGGUGAAUUGGCAACGUAGGAGGAGCUUCAUCGGAACACAGCACAGCCAUGAAUGCAAACAUUCUGAGAAACUUGUCCUUCCACGCGCGCCGUCUUCGUCUCUCUCCCACUCCUCGCCUCUUCUCUUUCACCGCAUCCACCUCUUUCUCUUCUCGAUCCCACACCCCCGACACUCACAAACCCCACUCACUCGUCCAGGACAUUACCAAUGAAGAGUUGAAGAGGCGUGUGGAAAAGCUUAAAGAGGGUGAUGCUGAGGCAAUUCCUUCUGUGUUUGAGGCUAUAUUGCAGAGGUAUUUAGCGGGGAAGCCUAUAGAAGCUGACGAUGAGUUGAUGAGGGAAAUUCUAGGGAAGGGGGCAGGGUCAGAAGAUGAAGAGGACGAGUUCGACUCUGAUUGGGAGGAAACAGAUGACACUGAUAAUGAAGAUGUUGAUCUUGAUUUUAAAGGCAGGUUUGGGGUUGAUGAAGGAAAGAAUAAGAGAUGAUUGAACUCUGCAAAUGCAAGUGGCAAUGGCUGUCAAGAUUUUAAAUCAACCUUGAAUUGGUUGUGUAUUACAGAUAACAGGAGAUGAAUUGGACCGCUGGUGUUAAACUAUAUGGUUCUUGUUUUUUAUGCUUUGGUUGUAGCGGUUUUUUAUCUUCUUCUAACAUUUUGUCAUGGUAAGAAAUUAUGGUCAAUCACUCAAUCUCAAUAAGAAACCGCAUCAUACAUACUAUGAUACUGCAGCUGCUAAUUAAUUUUAUACCUCUUAUGAUA